CCGCGACCACCUGAGGCGUUUACUAUCCCGCUGCAUAUCCCCCUCACCUGCAAGGCCUGUGCCUCCUGCUCCUCCUCCUCCUCCUCUACCUACUUUAUCUCCUUGGAGAAGAGCACCUGUUUGUCCACAGAUCCUCACCUGCCGCAUGUGAAUGAGCUGUGUCCUCAAGUCCUCCUGUUCUUACUCCACCAGAGCUGGACAUGGCAUGCUCAGACUUAAUCAGCAUCGCGAGCAAUCGUUUGACAUCGGCACCUGUCAAAGACUGGCCGGACCUCUGGCAGUACAGUGCAGUUUGACAGCAGAUAUUGAAAAGCAAAGACCUACAAAAGAAUCUGUUGUGCACGAUCGUGUAGUUCUGAACCUAACGCCGAAUGUAAUCUUAUUUAUUUUUCUCAUCACAGUAGUUUCCACAGCUCCGUUCACAUCUACUUGCUCACGCUUGUAGAGUGAAAGCGUCCACGAAGUUUUAUAUUUACGGUUGGGAAGUGGGGAGAAUGAGAAAGAUGUGUCACGUGGAUAGGGUGCAUAAUCAGGCUGUUUGCCCGUCGUUUGCCUCAAGUGAUCCCGUACCUUUUUGUUCUCAGCACCUGAAAUCGACAUGCGUGAUCACGCCUGUCAUCUGAUGCAUAGGAUGGAGCACAUUCUACUGAGGAUUGAAUAUGAGUGGGCGAGAUGCAGUCAUAGAGUUCAAGCUCCAGUCUACAAGGUGUCUUGUCAACAAGAGGCCUAGCUAAUGAUUUCAUCGGUACGCAGGCUGCACGAAUUCAAUUUGUGAUGGUGAAUAUGCUGCUUACUGAGAUUGAAUCUCGUCUGGCACAUACGAGUCCCAGAAAAGCUUACCCACUGUCUGCAGGAAUUUCAACUCAACACAUUGGUCUGUUGCUGCAAUUGCGUAUGCAACUAUGUUAACAGAGGACAAUCUGUCUAUGGCAAAUAUGCUCACAGCACUCUUAAACCUCGAUGAAUCAGUCUUGGACAUGGACCAAGUGGAAAAUCUGAUAAAGAUUUGCCCCACAAAGGAGGAGGUGGACAUGUUGAAGGCUGGUGAGGAACGAAGUUUAGACAAUUCUGAGCAGUUCUUUUUGGAGAUGAUGAGAGUACCGAGAAUCGAGAUCAAAUUAAGAGUUUUCUCGUUCAAGCUGCAGUUCACGACAAAGGUCGCUGAGCUGUGGAAGAAUCUUAUGACAUUGCAAGAAGCUUCCAAAGAGGUUACAGAGUCGAAGAAGUUUCGGCGUAUCAUGCAAAACGCUAUCACGUUCGCCAAUUCUUCAUCCAACCAAGGAAACCUCAAUGAGUCAGAUGUAGGACUUAAGCUGGAGAGUCUUCUCAAACUCACAGAUGACUCGCCUGUCAGCAACCCUAAAAAGAAGUUGAUGGAGAACUUUUACAAGAUGAUUUCUGAGAAGGAAGCUGAUCUGCUAGGCUUUCACAAAGAUCUUCGACACCUGGAAGGCGCUUCAAAGAUCCUUUUGACGACAAUGGCGGACGAAAUGCAAGGCAUUAUAAGAGGAUUGCAAAAACUGGGACAGGAGCUAAAUGCUUCAGAAAAGGAUGGGCCCAUUUCUGAGGGGUUCCGAUCUGUGUUGAAGACUUUUCUCAAAUCAGCCGAAUCUGAUCAUAGAUCGUUGGCAACCUUCUACCUUGAAGUGGGAAGAGAUGCCGAUUUGUUGGUGCAAUUUUUCGAUAGAGAUCCUGCUCGUUGUUCAUUUGAGCGAGUGACUUCAAUUCUCUUCAAUUUUGUUACUGCGUUCACAAAAGCAGGUGAUGAGAACAUCAAGACAGACAAAGAGAGCAAGGAUGUUGCGGUUCCUCUGACUCCAGACGGCUCCAAAGUUUGUGCGUAGGGGGUUACAUUGCUCAGCAGAACGAACGCAUUUGAUCACUACGAUUCGAUGGAUCGAACUGACCAUCCAUUUCUGAAUGGAGAUUAGAUCUGCAUAAACGAUCAUGCCAUGCCAGAGGCACACUUCUCAAACAGUCGCGUAAACUGCAGAGAUGCACCUUCAGCUCUUAGCCUACAGUAGUUAGUACAGUAUCAUGGCUGUGAGAAGGAAAUUUUGUGGCCUUCCUUGAAAACAGUUAGGAUCUCAUUAGAUUCCUCCACAUACUUAGCUCGAGGGAGUAGAUCAAGUUUUUCUGUAUCGUUCCCAUUUCCAAGCUUACGGGUGAUCUCCCCACGACUUUCUAGCUCAAACAUUCGGUUAGUCAGAGACACAGAGUCCGAUCCCGGCUUGUGACGUAGAUUUGGUGCACUUGGGAUUUCUUGCCGCAAACAGGGCUAGAAAUGUAAUGCGGUGUCCUCUAUUUGUCCAGACACCAAGCACAUGUGACCUACUCCGAAGAUUAUUUUCCUUCGCUUCCGAUGAACCUGUUUCUGUAUGACUCUGACCUUACACGGAACGUAGUAAAUCGCAUUAUGCUUGAGAAUGUGAACUUCCAACAUCAACCAAGCUUUUCACGAAUGCUGCAAAGCAAUGGCACUUUUUAGACAAAAGUCUUACCUACAUCGAAGCCCUAUAAACUU